GGACUCUCGUGAUUCAACAUUUGCAAAGCUGCAAGUUGGAUGUGUCAGACUGCGGUCUCUGCGCCGUCCACGAAUCUUGGAAACUACACCAGCGAGAAUGGGUGAGAGUCACUCUAGAAGAUGGAGUUGCGAAAUUGGGAUGCUCAGUUUGCUGUGGGGCAAGCUUGGAUGGCCCAUGGGCUGAAUUCAAGCAAAAGCCCGGGGCGGUGUUGAGAAAACAUUGUCUGGACCGGCACGAAAAGUCCAAGGCUCAUCAGCAAGCUUUGAAAAGUCAUUCUGACCGAACUGUCUUGCAUUUGGCACCACCGGCAAAAUUGUUUCAAGAGUGUCUUCGGAAAAUGAUGCAAGGUCAGUCAGUGCGAGCAGGUGGAGUGACUUCCGACAAGGCAAUAAAAAUGCGAUGGGCUCUGACCGAAGCCAUUUUGGCACGGAAUCGAAAAAUGCUGUCACAGUGUCACUCCUUGGCACUGAUGAGAGACGAACGCAAAGGAAAGCUGCUGGUAAGGUAUCGCGCAGUACUCACAGACCUGUCAACCAUAAGUGGUUGUUUCGGAAUGGUGCCAGUCAGUGGCUCAGCUGAAAGCAUUGCCCAGGCCACAGAUGCUUUGAUGGAAGCAUUUUGUGUUGAGAAGAAGCACCCCCCUCGGGCUUCCAAAGUGGAAGAGUCAGCCGUAGACACAGGUUUGCUUCAGCACCUGCGAGACAGCGUCAUUAUCAUAGUGACCGAUGCAGCUGCAUCAGAACAGCUUGCGACAGAUUUGCAACGUGGACGUAGAAAUGCUGCCGAUGACACUCAGGCAUCCAUGGCGAACAUCAAACUGGUGGGGCGUGAUGCAGCUCAUGCAAGCACGCGCCUGCUUAAGCGGCCUUUCCAAGCAUGCACAGAGCUCAAGUGCAUCAUGACCGAAUGGUGUCACGGCGCCGAUUCCUUUGCACAGAAAGUUCAGCAUAGCACGGUUCUGUCGCAGUGGUGGGCUGCGGCCCUCGAAUGUCGGGACGAAGAUUCCGAUUUCGGAUGCCUGACUUCCUUAGCUGCGGCUAAGCAUCGGUUCUCGAGCUACUUGAAUCCACUGUCAAGGAUCUGCAAGAAUAUGCAAACCGUCUUCAAAGUUUGCAGCCGCUUGCAAGCGAUGCGGGGGUCAGAAGCACUUUGGGCCAUUCAGCUCUGUCGUAAUUUCACUUCGUACAAGGCGGUUUUGCUCACCAUGGCAGCAGAUGCAUGCGCUAUUAGCAACGAUUACACUAGAGAAUGUGAUAGAGAAGACAUGGAUGUGGCGCAGCUCAAUUUGCGUGCCCAGCGCUUCAUUUCGUCUGCAAGGGCGCUAUUUGUGGAACGCAAGGUUUGCACCUUACCUUCCUUCACAAAGGAUCUCCUGCUCAGACGGGAGCCGGUGACGAUUCUCCAGGACGGUUUUGCCCUAGAAGUCCGAGUGACACAAGCUGACCUGGACAAGGCCUUUGCAGUCAUGGAGGAAUGGGUGGCACUGGCGGAGGAAGUGGUCGCCCAUGAGUUUCCAAGUUGGCAUCUCUUCGCCGCUUUUCAACUUUUCCAUUUGUCUGAAUCCAAGGAAACAGAGGAGCAUGAAGAAGUUCUGCGGAACUUAGAGCGGCUGGCAAAAGCGUUCAAGGUAUCUCCGGACACCUUGAAAAGGGAGUUCACACAAUUGCAGCCAACUGCCAUGGCAUUGAAAAAGUCGGCCAGCCUGACAAACAGAGAAGCUUGGCGACAAGCGCUUCUACGGGUCGGACACCGACAUCAGAAAGCUGGCGGAGGCGCUUUGUUCAGCGUCCUGGCGGGCUACCAGGCUUGGACUGCAUCCAGCAGCGGCGUCGAGCAAUUGUUCAGCAAAUUGAAGACUUCUCCGACGGAGCAAUCCAAAUCCACUGGCCAGUCUGCGCUUGAGACAGACAGACGCUUAGCAGUCGCCAUUGGAGACAGUCAAAUUCGAGAUGGACAGACGUCACAUGUCCUGUCUGAGGCUCCAUUGAUUUAUUGUGCUUUGCUGCGCUCUGGACUGGCCCGCGUGCAGAGAAUGAAGCGGUAUGAUGCUGGUCAGAAAAGAGCCGGGCGCAAAGGCACUUUUGCCGAGUGGAAUCGAAACAGGAAAAAAGCAUUGUCUGCCACAUUGGAUGAGUUGAAAACUCCACCGCGGCAGCCUGCACCGCUUGUCACGGAGUCCACUCAAAAAGAAAGGGACUUCCAGAGACGGAAGGCACUGAAACGGAAGGCUGAGGCCUUGUCUGAUGGCUUGUUGUUACAGGACGAAGUGACUCCAGCCCUCCAAGCCGAGGCGACCAGAACGGCCAAGGCUAGUCAGCAAAGCGACCGGCAACGCAAAAAGAAACGAACAGACUACUUGGUGGCUGCUAAGAUGACUUCCAAGAAGAAAUUGGCGACAUGGGCUUGCCAGGAAGUUAUAUUGGUGGCAUCUGACCCUAGAUUGGUGACAUCUAACCCUGGCUCCACUACCAAAAAAAUGCAAAUCUUUUCUCCACUGAGCCUGCUUGGGCCUUAUGCUUCUGAUCUGGAACACUGCUUCUUUGUGCUCCUGCCCUUUGUUUUGACAAGCUUUGUGAUGCAGCAAGCUUGUUGGUUUGGAAAAAACUUCUUUGAGCCUUUCUUGUAA